CAGACAUGAAAAACUUGUCAUUUCAUUUUGGAAUUUCGUAAAAUUUUAGUAUGUGCGUUUGCCCGCCUCUCAUUCUUAAGAUCGCCCUGCUGAUGGUUAUAUUUCCUACAAUCGCUGUUAAUAUAAUGGAAGUAAUUUACAAUGGUGUGAACUCGAAAGCCGAAGCUCAUCAGAUUGCCAUCAACUUAAACAUAGUUGCAUGCUUCAUUGCACUUCUUUCUCUGGCAUUUGGAAUUUAUGGAACGAUUAUGAAUACAAUCUUCAUAAUUCGAUUGCUGAUGUUCGUGUUGAUAACAUUCUGCUUAUUCAAGAUAGUCAUGUGGAUAGUGUGUAAGAAUCUGUCGCCAAUGUCCGCGGAGGACGUCACCCACGUAUGGUUCCAGCUCAACAUGGGCUUAUCGAUAAUAUGUUCGGUUCUGACGGUUAUUUUCUGUAUGCGGCUGCAUGAGCAAACUCGGCUGUUUCAAUUGGGCUAUUAGACUAAAGAUAAUUCCUGAUUUCUGUUUCGUAGUUACAGUUUAAUACUUAAUAUACAACAAACUUUGUUA